AUGAUCUCUGGAUAUCCGAAUUCUGCAACAUCAACAUCUUUAAUUCCUAGUCAACCUCCGUUUUCAUAUAAUUCUCAAUCAAGUAAAAUUUUCAUGCACAAUAGCUUAUCACAAGCCAAUACUAUGCAAUUUACUGGAGUAAAUCCAGUAUUAGCAGGUCCAGUGUUAGCAAGUUCAUUGACUUCAAGUGAUGAUAAUUCUGGACUUCGAAAAAGUUCAUCACCUACAAGUCAAAGAAAGCUAUUAGAAAAUGACAAUACUACAGAUUCUGAUGUAAAUCGUCAUUGUUUUAAAUCUCCAUCAAAUAAAGUUCAUAGUAUGGGCACAGAAAAUAAAGAAAAUAAUGGGAGUGAAACAGAUUUCAGUGACGGAGACGACAGUACUGACCACAAAAGUUCUUCUGGUGAUAACUCUUCUGGCGAUGAUGGUGAAAUCUUGUCUAGGAUGGAGUUAGGGAUUGUUACGUCAAGGGAUAUUUUUUUCCAAGAACAAUUAUUAAAAGCAAUGAAGUCGAAACACGCCAGUCAAAUAAAAGCUAAAAAUGAAUCAAAUAAAACAAUACCGAUUGAAGAACAUUACUAUAAACCCAGAAAUCCAGAUGAAAAAGUUGAAAUUUCUGAAAAUUCGGGUUUUUAUUUAUCUCGGGUACGUGCUUCAAUAAUUGAAACUAAUGCUGUCUGUAGAAAUGAUUGGAAUCUAAUGAUAAAAGAGACUUUGGAGGAUAUCUAUGGUUCUAAUCUUUUUAAGUACUGUGCGAAAGGAAAGACAGGAAAGCAUCCGGGGAUCGAUCCAAAUCUUUUCAAGGGAUUAUUUGAAUGGGUUAAUCGUAAAUUUGACAAUAAGAUUACGGACAAAAUGUUUACUCAACGAGUUGCUCGGAUUUGUGACAACAAACGAAAAUAUAAGGCCCGAAAAGUACAUGAAAGUACAAGCAAUCCGAUGAAACACAUUACUAGUUCACUGAGUAAGCCUUGCACAGUAACAUCUGAUCAAGUCAAGUCUAAAACAAAAACUAAAUCUGUUGAUUUGGAUGGUGGCAAUACUUCGCAAAAAGAUGAUAAUUCUCCUGUAAAUUUGGCAAAAAAACCACGCAGUAAACAUCAUGGAUAUCAGGAUACAAUUACUCGUAAUUAUUUUUAA